GGGUGGGGCAGACCCCGUGAGGUCACCAAGCCCAGGAUAAAGAGGCGCAGAGCUGGUGCAAGGUGGCAGAGACUUCUCUGGAGUCGCCUCAGGAGCCCAGAAUGAAGCUAGUUUUUCCUGCCCUGCUCUUCCUCGGGGCCCUUGGACUGUGUCUGGCCGCCCCUAGGAAAAAUGUUCGAUGGUGCACCACAUCAAAAGCAGAGGCAAAAAAAUGCUCCAAAUUCCAAGUGAAUAUGAAAAAAGUAGGUGGCCCCAUUGUCUCCUGUACAAGGAAAGCCUCCCGCCAAGAAUGUAUCCAGGCUAUCAAGGCAAACAAGGCAGAUGCUGUGACCCUGGAUGGUGGUUUGGUGUUUGAGGCAGGCCUGGAGCCCAACAAACUGCGACCUAUAGCGGCUGAGGUGUAUGGUACCCAAACAAAGCAACAAAUCCACUAUUAUGCUGUGGCCAUAGCAAAGAAAGGCACCAACUUCCAGCUAAACCAACUACAGGGCGUGAGGUCCUGCCACACAGGCCUUGGCAGGUCUGCGGGAUGGAACAUCCCUAUAGGUACCCUUCGUCCAUUCUUAAACUGGACAGGGCCACCUGAGCCCCUUGAGGAAGCUGUAGCCAAAUUCUUCUCUGCCAGCUGUGUGCCCUGUGCAGAUGGAAAACAGUACCCUAACCUGUGUCGCCUGUGUGCGGGGACAGAGCAAAAUAAAUGUGCCUGCUCCUCCCAGGAACCAUACUUCGGCUACUCUGGUGCCUUCAAGUGUCUGCAAGAUGGGGCUGGAGAUGUGGCUUUUGUCAGGGACAGCACAGUGUUUGAGAACCUGCCAGACAAGGCUGACCAGGACAAGUAUGAGCUGCUCUGCUUAAAUAACACUCGGAAGCCAGUGGACGCAUUCAAGGAUUGCCACCUGGCCCGGGUCCCUUCUCAUGCUGUUGUGGCCCGAAGUGUGGGUGGCAAGGAGGACUUGAUCUGGAGGCUUCUUCAGAAGGCACAGGAAAAUUUUGGAAAAGACAAGUCAUCUGCAUUCCAGCUCUUUGGCUCUCCUAGUGGGGAAAAGGAUUUGCUGUUCAAAGACUCUGCCAUUGGGUUUUUGAGGAUUCCCUCAAAUAUAGAUUCUGAGCUGUACCUUGGCUUCAACUACAUCAACGCCAUCCAGAGCCUGAAGGAAAAGGAUUCGGACUCGGCGGAGCGGCGCGCGCGGGUGGCGUGGUGCGCGGUGGGCGAGGCGGAGCAGCGCAAGUGCGAGCGGUGGGUGCGCGCCAGCGGCGGGAGCGUGAGCUGCGUAUCGGCGCCCAGCGGGGAGGACUGCAUCGCGCUGGUCCUGAAAGGAAAAGCUGAUGCCCUGAGCCUGGAUGGAGGACUUAUCUAUGUUGCGGGCAAGUGUGGUUUGGUGCCUGUCCUGGCAGAGAACCAAAAAUCACAGAACCCUAGUGACGUAGAUUGUGUGGAUAGACUGGCGGAAGGUUACCUUGCUGUGGCCGUUGUCAGGAAAUCAGAUGCCGAUCUCACCUGGAACACUCUGAGAGGCAGGAAGUCCUGCCACACUGCUGUGGGCAGGACUGCAGGCUGGAACAUCCCCAUGGGCCUGCUCUUCAACCAGUUAGGCUCCUGCAAAUUUGAUGAAUUCUUUAGCCAGAGCUGUGCCCCUGGGGCCGACCCGAAGUCCAGUCUCUGCGCACUGUGCAUUGGUGACGAGAAGGGUGAGAACAAGUGUGCGCCCAACAAUAGUGAGAGAUACUUUGGCUACACCGGGGCUUUCAGGUGCCUGGCAGAGAAGGCUGGAGAUGUCGCAUUUGUGAGAGAUUCCACUAUCUUGCAGAACACAAACGGAGGGAACCCUGAGCCAUGGGCCAGGGAUUUGAAGCUGGAGGACUUUGAACUGCUGUGUCUUGAUGGCACCCGGCAGCCUGUGACAGAGGCUCGGAGAUGUCACCUGGCCAUGGCUCCAAACCAUGCUGUGGUAUCUCGGGAAGAAAAGGCCGAACACCUGAAGCAGGUGCUGCUCCUCCAGCAGAUGCAGUUUGGAAGAAAUGGAACCAAAUGCCCAAGCGAGUUUUGCUUGUUCCAGUCUGAAACCAAAAAUCUUCUGUUCAAUGACAACACUGAGUGUCUGGCCAAACUCCAAGGCAAAAACACAUAUGAAGAAUAUUUGGGAUCAGCCUAUGUCACGGCCGUUGCUAAUCUGAGACAGUGUUCAGCCUCCCCGCUUCUGGAAGCCUGCGCCUUCCUGAGGAGAUAAAACACAUGAGAAGACUGCCUGGCCUUUUCCCCAGAGGUGCCUCGGCCCCUCCCCCUCACUGCUCCUACAGCCUCCCCCUUGGGGGUACUGGGCCUUCUCCCCUCCUGGCCAAUCAACUGCUUUCCCAGCUCCUUGCUGUCAUCCUUGCAAUAAAUAAAAUGAGAAAGGCUUUCGAUUUUCAUUCCUUA